AUGAGCAUUGGCUUUGCUUUGGAUCACACGGGGGGGGGGGCGUCAGUGACCCCCUUCCACGGCGAGACGUUUUGUCCAUUAUAUUGUAAUACCUCAACGUGUGUUGUGCACGACGGUUCCGGCUUGAAACCGCAGGCGGAGGAGGAGGAGGGGGGAGAAGCAACACCGUCCGACGGCGGUGGUGCUGCUGCUGCUGAAGACGACGGCGAUGACGCUGCGGGAGUGGCCGCGGACGAGGCGAAGCUGUCGGAGAUCUACGGGCGCCUGGGACAGAUCGGCGCGGCUUCGGCGGAGGCCCGAGCAGCCACCAUCCUGUCCGGGUUGGGGUUCUCGACGGAGGUCCAGAACGGGCCCACUUCGGCGCUCUCCGGAGGAUGGAGAAUGCGCGUUUCUAUUGCGGGCGCCCUGUUCAUAGAGCCCGAUGUGUUGAUGUUGGACGAGCCUACCAAUCACUUGGAUCUGGAGGCCGUGAUUUGGCUCCAAGAAUACCUUAAGACUUACCCGAAGACACUGCUCCUGGUAUCGCACGACCGACAGUUCUUGAAUGAGGUAUCGACUGACAUCAUCCACUUCCUGUCGAAGAAGUUGCACUACUACAAGGGCGACUACGACACGUUCGUGAACGUCAGGACCGAGCUGGCCAAGAACCAGCGGCGGGCGUACGAGGCCUCGGCCGCGAAGAAAGCUCACAUGCAGGAGUUCAUCGACAAGUUCCGCUCUAACGCCAAGCGGGCCAGCCUCGUGCAGAGCCGCAUCAAGGCGUUGGAAAAGAUGGAGGACGUUGAGGAUGUUGAGGACGAAGCGAAGGUCACGAUACACUUGCCAGAGCCCGGACCCAUCGGGCGACCGAUCGUGCAGAUCGAGGGCGUUACGUUCGGGUACGACGCGCGCAAUCCCCUCUUCUCCAACGUCCACUUCGGGGUGGACCUCGACUCUCGCGUCGGGAUUGUGGGGCCCAACGGAGCGGGUAAGUCAACCCUCCUCAACCUCAUCUUGGACAAGUUGAGGCCCCUGUCGGGGGAGGUGCGGCGAAACCCCAACUUGAGGAUAGCCCACUUCACCCAGCACGCCGCGGAGCAGUUCGACUACCGGCUCAACAGCGUCGACAACAUGAUCAAGCUGUUCCCGGGUGUUCAGGAGCAGGAAAUGCGAAAGUUCUUGGGGCGCUUCGACAUCUCGGGGCCUCUUGCGUUGCGGCCUCUCAAGUUCCUCUCCGGAGGGCAGAAGUCCCGCGUUGCCUUCGCGAAGCUGGCGUGGUCGAAGCCCCACGUGGUGAUCAUGGACGAACCUACGAACCACCUCGACCUGGAGACGAUCGAGGCGCUCAUCCUGGCACUACAGGCGUUCAAGGGAGGGGUGAUGAUCGUGUCGCACGACCAGCACUUCAUCAACAAGGUCUGCUCCGAGCUGUGGGUCGUGGGGAGCGGCGAGGUGGUCAAGUACCCGGGCGAGUUCGACGAUUACAAGAACGAGCAGAUCGCCAAAAGGAAGGCCGCCGGGGCUAGCUUAUAAUCUUGGAAGAGUGAAGAAGCCAUAGCGGUAGGGAAGCUAUUGCCGAGAGCACGGCUGGCCGGUCGCUGUUUGUGUAUGUAUGCUACUCAGCGCGAGAAGCUGGGGUCGGGGGAACAGCCGGCAGGCUCGGGUAUCUUGCAAAGGAGCCGUCCCUUUAUUUCGCGAAGAUCGAGCGACGGCAAACGUUUUCGGUGACGAAGACUGGUUACUGAACCAUACUACAACUUGGACCAGCCGAGACGUCACACAAAAUUCCAUCUGUGUCAGCGUUUCGGCCCUAAACAAGUGGUGUUUGGGAAAUGAACCCCCCCAUGACGUUCAUCUGCUGCACGCGACGAAGAAACCCGAAGGGUCUCUUUUCAGGAAAAUGAAGCAUCUGUUCUCCACCAACGGCGUAGCAGAUCGCCACCCGCGAGAGACAUUAGUCUGAGAGAUACUGGUAGCCAGCCGAAGCCGAACGAGGUAGCGGGCAUUGGCACAACGUGCGGAGGCGCAUCCAUCAUGGAAGUUAUAUUAAAAAAAAGAAAAUAGUGUUUGAUCGUUUCGCGAAUCGGCUACCAGCACACAACCGCGCUUUGAGGGGAACAGGAGCAAUUUUCCAAGGACCUCAUUUUCCAAGGGCGGUACCGCUGUGCGACCACAAUACGGUAGCGCAUUGCUGUGCGCAUGAGAGCACGACACGAAACAACCAAAAGCAAUCGACAGUGAAUCUAGCAGCAAACAACCUAGGUGUCUCCUCUCAUACAUGCACACACGUGCUUUACCAUUGAUUGUCCGCAUAUGGAUCUAUCGUGACACGGCUUACUCUGUACUCCAACCAAGUUCCCUCUUUCGUGCAGCCUGCAAACGUUAUCAGUCUAUCUAUGUAGCGAACCGCUACCGCUGCAUGCUGCACAAACAUCAAUCAACUCAGUAAUAACAAGGGUCAAUCUCAUCACCCUGUUUUUUCUGUUUUUAUUUUACCCCAAACCGUCGCUUGAUCUGUUUCGCCUGGGACGCCGUUUCCUGCCGAAGCGGCUCCACACGCUCCCCCAGUACCUCAAUCCCCUCCUUCUGUUGCUUCAGCUCCGCACCGAUUUCCUUGGCCUGUACAGUCAGGCCGUCCAACAAGCUAUCGAGCGUGUCCAGCUGGGUCUCGAAUCCGUCGGGAACGUUCUCGGGAAGCUUCGACGCCUCCUUGGUUCCUAUUUCUUCCGCGCGUGCCGCGCCCGCCUUUUUCCGCGGGGAGCCGAAUUUCAAGCGUCCUCCUUUCUUAGGGCUAGGGGUGGAAGAAGUGCUGCCAUCGUGGGCAGGAGCUCCUCCUGGUGGUGUCGAUUGUCUGAAGUCGUCCUUGAACACCGGGGAAAUGUCCCCGCCGGUGAUAUCGCCGCCGCCUGCCUGCUGUGCCGGGGGCUUCUUUCGGCGAAACGGUGCUGUCAGGGCCCCACGCCACGUGAGGCCAUACUUGAGGUUGUGGCCUGUUCGCUUUAAGGUGUCGUCUAUGGCUCUCGCGUCGGCGUCGAUCUCGCCCAUCUGCUCCCGCUGUUCCUUGAGGGUUACUUGCGUCCGUGCUCCCACGCUCGCGGUUGCUUGAGCCGCCGCUAUUGCUCGGUCCAACGAAGCCGUGGUCCCCGCCUGCAGCUCGGCGAUCUCCGCCUUCAUCGAGGCAACAUCGCGAGGUGAUGAAUCAUCACCGCCUCCGGAAGCGGCAUUGGGCCAUUUGUCCACCGGCCAGAGCCUGUCCGAGUCCAAAGAUGGGGUGUGCCGCCUAGGGCCCGAUGUCAUCUUGCUGCAGCUCGGUGCUCGGUGCGUUGAGGUGUUGUUGGCGCGAAAAGUGCGCACCGGCUGACCGCUGAGUGCUGCACGGCGCCGUGAUCGGUUGGCGUAAGGGUAUGUGCCUCCUCUCUGUAGCUCAGUGCAGCAGAGCUUCAAUACUCCAGCGUGGUCAGGGAUCGGUCACAGCAUCUGUGUCUGUGUCUGGGGGCUGGGGGGAAUACGUGAGCACGAGCACCUUUCGGGGA